AUGGACUCCAGACAAUCACGGAUUAUAAAAGGAAAGGUCACCGACGCCUCACUUCCAGAUAAGCUGAACAUCUUCUUCAACACAAAGCUGCGGACGCGGGCCACCGCCACUCAGGAGGACUGUGAGCUCUCGUUCUCUGUGGCAGACAUGAUAAAGACGUUUAAGUGUGUUAACCCUCGCCAGGCUGCUGGCACAGACGGCAUCCUAAGCCGCGUCCUCAGAACAGACGCAGCGCUGAUGUACGACGCGGUGCACGUGGUAGCGGUGGCAGUGCAGCAGUCGCAGCAGAUCACUGUCAGCUCGCUGCAGUGCAACCGCCACAAACCCUGGCGCUUCGGAGCGCGCUUUAUAAGCCUCAUCAAAGAGGCCCAUUGGGAUGGCUUGACUGGACACAUCCUCUUCAACAAAACUAACGGAUUGAGGACGGACUUCGACCUGGACGUAAUCAGUCUAAAGGAGGAAGGACUGGAAAAAAUUGGAACAUGGGACCCUCCCAGUGGGCUGAACAUGACAGAGAACCACAAGAGCAAAACGACUAACAUCACUGACUCUCUGGCUAACAAAUCCCUCCGCGUCUCCACCAUACUGGUGGAGCCCUAUGUGAUGUUCAAGAAGUCCGACAAGCCGCUGUACGGAAACGACCGCUUCGAGGGCUAUUGCAUCGACCUGCUCCGCGAGCUCUCGGGGAUCCUGGGCUUUCACUAUGAGGUGCGCCUGGUGGAGGACGGCAAGUAUGGGGCGCUGGAGGAGAGCACGGGCCAGUGGAAUGGCAUGGUCAGGGAGCUCAUGGACCACAAAGCAGACCUAGUGGUGGCUCCUUUGGCCAUUACCUAUGUGAGGGAGAAGGUCAUCGACUUCUCCAAGCCCUUCAUGACCCUGGGGAUAAGUAUCCUCUACCGCAAGCCCAACGGAACCAACCCGGGUGUCUUCUCCUUCCUCAACCCCCUCUCACCCGAUAUCUGGAUGUAUAUUCUGCUGGCUUACUUGGGUGUCAGUUGUGUGCUGUUUGUCAUAGCCAGGUUCAGCCCGUACGAGUGGUACAAUCCCCAUCCGUGCAACCCAGACUCGGACGUGGUGGAAAACAAUUUUACGUUGCUCAAUAGUUUCUGGUUCGGCAUCGGGGCUCUCAUGCAGCAAGGCUCAGAGCUCAUGCCUAAGGCCCUGUCCACCCGGAUCGUGGGGGGCAUCUGGUGGUUCUUCACCCUCAUUAUCAUCUCCUCCUACACGGCCAACCUGGCUGCCUUCCUCACCGUGGAGCGCAUGGAGUCACCCAUCGACUCGGCCGAUGACCUGGCCAAACAGACCAAGAUCCUGUACGGAGUGGUGGAGGAUGGAUCUACAAUGACCUUUUUCAAGAAGACGAAGAUCUCCACUUACGACAAGAUGUGGGAGUUCAUGAACAGCCGGCGAACGUCUGUGAUUGUGAAAAACAUAGACACGGGCAUCCAGCGCGUGCUCACCUCCGACUACGCUUUCCUCAUGGAGUCCACAACCAUUGAGUUUGUCACCCAGCGCAACUGCAACCUUACCCAGAUAGGGGGCCUCAUCGACUCCAAGGCCUACGGAGUGGGAACACCCAUGGGGUCUCCGUACCGGGACAAGAUCACCAUAGCAAUCCUGCAACUGCAGGAAGAAGGGAAGUUGCACAUGAUGAAGGAGAAGUGGUGGAGGGGAAACGGCUGUCCGGAGGAUGAGAAGAAUAAGGAGGCCAGCGCUCUGGGGGUGCAGAACAUCGGGGGCAUCUUCAUCGUGCUGGCCGCAGGGCUGGUCCUGUCGUUGUUCGUGGCCGUUGGGGAGGUCCUGUACAAGUCUAAACAGAACGCAGAGCUAGAGAAGCGCUCUUUCUGCAGUGCCAUGCUGGAAGAGCUACGUGGCUCCCUGAAGUGCCAGCGGCGGCUCAAGCAGAAGCCGCAGCCACCAGUCAUCGUCAAAACUGAGGAGGUCAUCAACAUGCACACAUUUAAUGACAGGAGACUGCCAGGCAAGGAGACCAUGGCGUGAUUAGGGUCGAAGGUCAAAAAUAGCCCUGAAAGGGUCCAAAAACAGCCAGAAGAUCUGGAGGGAUUGAAUGAACUUUAAUGUAAUGUUAACGUAACCUGAAACUAUAUUGCAUUGGCCCCCAGCUUUGGUAGUAUGGUAGACAUGUUUCCUGUGGAAAUGUAGAUGUGUGGACAUGACUGGAGAUGAUGCGUCACCUCAUGGUGGCCAACAGUUUUCAAGAGGGACUUUUGCAGGGGGCAAGUUGAAGAAUUGUGAGAAUGAUGGAUUUUUGAGAUGGAUCUCGACAGGGACUCGAAGAGGAGAACUCAAAAUGCAUGUCUGUUGAGACUGCCUUUGAGUUCACUUCACAGUCAGUGACUUUGCACACCCACACAUGCACACACACCUGUUCAGAGCAUCACACUGUAUCUUGAGGCCCCAAGAAAUUAUUUGGUUGUUUUUUUUCUGUUGAUGUCAAUUACACUUUUGUCAAAUCUCCAUGUGUGUGUGUGUCCAGUUGAUUUUUAAAAAAGGAGCUCAUAUAACAGGUCGUUAUGAUAAGGAAUGUUACAAAGUGCCACAAUGUUGAAUAAGAACUGUAUGAAGAAAAUAGAGAUGAUAAUGUUUUAUUUCAUUUGUAAUCAUUGAUUUGGCUUGACCUCCCUAAUACUCAUUGUUUAUCUUCUGUAAUGCGUUUAUCGUGCCAAAGUUUGGGCGACGUAAACCACUGACAUAUUACUUUCAAUGACUCCACAAACAUGCUGUACGGUGUCCAAAAUCACAUUACAGUCUGUCAUUUUGAGUUAAUAUCUACUGUUUAAAGGCAAGAUUUCUACAAAAAAAAUAUGUUCGUUUUUGUAUACGGACAAAGUUUUGUAGUACUUUCUAUCAGUCUAGCAUUCUCUGUGGACUUCACAUAUGUAGCAGGUGGGAGCCCCCCUCCACCCUCAUUCUGACUACAGGUGAUUUAGGGGUGCCCCCGAUCUGGGGCCUCCAGGGGCCCCUCACUGUGCCAUGCCCUCUCUCUCCUCUGUCGUCCAUACUGUCUCCUCAAUAGGGCCCAUGUUUCUGUUGUGAGAUGAAAAGCAUAUCUGGACGUUCUAGAGCUGCCCUCAUCUCCCAACUAAACCUUGCUUACAUACUGUAGCUGUGCAGUGACUGUGUCUCAAUAGUUUUAACUUUCCAUUCCUUGUGUACUUUCCUCUAUGACCACUGAUACUGUAGGACAUGGCAGGUGGAAGCAAUAUAGCAGAAACCUAUCCAGUUUUUUUUUUUUUUAAAUCUGUCAGUGAUCAUGAAGGAUGAGCGUUCAGUCCGAGUGCUCAUUCAGAGUAGGGUGAAGUUGCCCGUAGAUGCUGAUCUUGGGUCACUUUUGCAUUUUCACACUACUGGUUAAGUGUAGGAUUGGGGGAGGGGAAGCUGAUCCUACAUCUGUGCCUAGGGAAAACUUCAUCCUGGAGUGUCUCAAACAAUCCCAAAUGCCCAAAUGGGUCCAUCCCCAGAAAAGAAAAUACAAAAUACAAGGUCCAUGUUUCUUAAAAUAUUUCUUCUGUACAUUAAUAAAUUAAUGUAGAAUUUGAGUCAUUUCAAGAAACCAUUAAUAAAAUAUACAGGGGGAGACCUAGUUUGCUUUUUUUAUUAUUUUUUUUUUUUUUUACCAGUAUUGCUUGCCAUUUUCUACCCUGCUAGAUUCAGUGGUACAAAGUGUAAAUGGUUGAAUAAUUUGGAAGAUUCAUCAGAAAAUAUCCAACUGUAUUGUCAACCAAAACAUUAGAUAAUAGAAUGUAUUUGACAUUGAUGCAAGGUUUUACAAAAAAAUGUAAUCAUUAAAAAAGUAAUAACUAUUCA